AUAGAUGUACUGUUUGGCACUGCAGACAGUGAAGGCACGGGGAACGAGGAGGAGAAGGAGCAUUUUGCUCCACCGGAUGCUCCGGCCGCUGUGGACGUCUUACUCCUCCAGUAACUUCGUCAAUGACCAUCUCAAAAAAAAACUUCGUCAAUGACAGAGAGAGGGGGGAAACGAGGAGCCGAGCACCGGCGCAGCCAAGGCGAAGGCGUCAGUAGCUUCUUCCGGUUGCCUCCGUCCCGGCGGCGUCUUCUCCGGUCGGGCUUUUUGUCCGGCGAGCCUCUCCGCCAGGAAGAGGCCGUGGCGCUCGAGGGAGUGCUCCAGGCACUAGAUGGAGCUCGACGUGAAAGGAAAGCGGGCCCGUGCAAGAAGCAGCAGCAGCAGCGGCGGCGGCGGCUUGACCGGCGGCGACCGGCUGAGCUCCCUGCCGGAUUGCCUCAUCCACCACAUCAUGUCCUUCAUGAAGGCCCGCCAGGUGGUGCAGACCUGCGUGCUGUCCACCAGGUGGAAGCACCUCUGGCGCUCCGUCCCCUGCCUCGACAUCGACCAAGAGGAGUUCAAGACUGGUGAAGACUCGGACCACGAGUGGGAGAAAUUUGAGGACUUCACCGACCACCUGCUUAUCCCUAAUAAUAUUUCCAUUGCGCUCUUGGAUACAUUCCGUCUACAUGUUAGAUCUUAUUGGGCUCGUCAUGCAGCCAGAUGGAUCCGUCAUGGCAUAAAGUACAGCACCCGGGAACCUGGCAUGCAGCACCAGGGAUUGAGCUCGAACUCCUGGCGCCUAAGAAGGCUAUAUCUUAACAACUUAUAUUUGGAUUACAAUUUCACAGAGCAUGUCAGUUCGGGGUGCCAAAAUUUGGAGAAUUUGGAGCUGAAAAGUUGCAGGUGUACAUUUUAUGAGAUCAGCUCCCACUCACUAGAGAACUUGAUUCUGAAAAAUUGCGAGUUCAGUGAACUUUCUGCAAUUACAUCACCGGCGCUGAAGAGCUUGGUUUUUGAGAGCUGCAACAGCUUCUGCUAUGAACGACUUUACUCUCUGCUGGUUAUCACUGCCCCUGCUGUUGCUUAUCUGCUCCUGGACGUGGACGCUUACCUGCUUGACGGUGGUGUCUCAUUAGAGGAUAUGCCAUCUCUUGGCAAGGCCUCGAUCAAAAUAAGGAGUAAUAAGGAAGAAAGUAAACUCAGCCAGGAUCAAAUCAAGCUUCUUUGCAGUGUGUCUAAUGUCACAAGUUUGGUGUUGUUGGGUUUCGAGACAAUGGUGCAUGGUGAGGAUCAGGUUGCAUUCCCGAACUUCAGGAAUCUUAGGACCUUAUUUCUGGACAACUGUGAUCUUUGUGAUAACUUCAAGACAUUAGAACAUUUUCUGAAGAAUUCACCAGAUCUGGAGAAGCUAACCCUUCGCUGCUGUAAGUUUUCAAAAGAUCUUAAGAAGAAAAAGGCCAAGUCAAAGAGGGCAUCUUCUUCCCAGUGUCUCAACUUGGUGGAUAUCCACUGUGAGAAUCUCAAGCACACUGAAAUCAUAUAUAAAGAUGAUGAUGUCCGCCAGCUGGUUGAGCUUUUGUUGAGCAUUUCAGCAAACCUGCCGAACAAUAAUAUAAAACUUACCAAAGUGGACUAGUAUUAUCAUCAGUUCAGAUCUUCACGUUCUAGGCUCACUGAAUUUUGUAUGCUUGCCCUGCUGUAAUAGCCUAGUGGUGGUACCAUGUACCUUUUGACCUGUUCCAAGAUGAUUUAUGGGCUAAGGCUUUUGCUCUAUGGACUAUGGUAUUGAUUUUUAGCCGUUUCUCUUGACACAUGUAUCCUUUGUUUAGGACUUAAGGUGAUGUACUGCUUCUUGCUCUUAAAGUUUUGAAACUAAAAUCCUUAGUUCACAUUA